CACAUAAUGCAUGAUUCGAUCUGUGCUGCAACAGGAGAGUGGGCAAGAGUGCAGUUACUGGCUGCCUGGGCAACCUUUUUGAUCUGGAGUGGAGAGAGGUGCUCUGUGUGGAGGAAGGAGAAACAUGAGGAUGGAGUCUGAACAAGACAAAUGAGAGACGCCUCAUACCAGAAUUGCUACUGACCACAUCUGCUGCUGAAACCAGAAGGAAAUGAGUUGCCUCCGUGCUUGCUUCGGAGACAGAGGUCCUCGUGCAGAGACAGAAGCUAUGAAAAGGCAAAGUUCUGGUCAGGAGCAUGAGAUUAUUGAAUUAAAUGAAGAUCAUGUGGAGGAAAACGAGGCUGAUCACGACAAGCCUCUAAACAUUGAAACAAGAAAGGAGAGCGAUCACUGGAAAUCAUGUGGGAAUGUAGUUUUUUGGAGGUGUAAACUAUGGAUGGUUAUAACCACAGUUUUUCUAGUAUUCUUCCUGGUCAUUCUCAUCAGCCUAAUUCUUUAUUCUAAUGUUUACACAGAUGAGGAUGACUAUUGGGAUCCUGACGCACUACUAAAUAGUGGAAAUUUUCGCAAUUUUUCAGGAACGUUGGAGUUAAUGUGUCAUCUCCCACACCUUUUAUCUGAAGACAUUAUUACUAACAGGUUAACAGAUGUCUACAGUUCAUCUCCAGCUCUAGGACGCUACUUUAGGUCAGCUCAGUUGAUUAAUUUCAGUAAUGAAAGCUCCACUGUGUUUUAUCAGCUAAAGUUUUCAGUACCACCAUCAACAGAAGGGUUUAUGGAAAACACAAUGAACCCAGAUUUUAUAAGGAACGUUUUACGUCAAAAUAUUUAUGAUGAAGAUGAUCCUGGGACAUCUGAAUGUAACAGGUUAAUGCUUGACCCGACUUCUCUCACAUUAACAUAGAAAUGAUGGAAAGACUUCUUAUCUUCCUCACUGUCUAGAAGAGAUGGGCUUCUGCUACCUAUUAUAAUCCCAGGGUAGGGAACUAUUCAUUAGGUCGAAACACUUCUAAAAAUAUUGUCCUGUAAA